AGCCCCGAACACAGGAUUACGUUGUUCUUUCCACUUAACCCGGGGUGCAGGGAGAGUUAUUUUGUUCAUUAAACAUAAAUAGAAUGAGUUUCAGAGCCGUAGCAUAGGAAGUGCCCCGGCUAACGUGAAUGAUUGACCUGAAGUUGGCUACUAGGCUAACUCGAGGAGAAGAGGGUGGGGACAAAACUUGAAGACCUCGCCCUUACGUUCCUUCACAUCAGCGGGGUGCUCUUCACGGUGCGACAGUCCCAGGCCGCGAUCAAACCCGACCCAGACCCAGGGACAGACGGACACGGUCGUCUCAACCGAGGACAACAAGGCCACCAUGUUCAGGAAGAACGGAAAGAAGGACCCCGAGCUGUUCCAGAACGUGUCGGAGGGGCUGCGGAAGCUGUACCGGACCAAACUCUUCCCCCUGGAGGACACGUAUCGAUUCCACGACUUCCACUCCCCGGCACUUGAAGAUGCCGAUUUCGACAACAAGCCUAUGGUGCUCCUGGUGGGGCAGUACUCCACCGGGAAGACCACCUUCAUCCGACACCUCAUGGAGCAGGACUUCCCUGGGAUGCGGAUCGGACCGGAGCCGACCACCGACUCGUUCAUCGCGGUGAUGCACGGGGAGCAGGACGGGGUGAUCCCGGGGAACGCGUUGGUGGUGGACCCCAAGAAGCCCUUCCGCAAACUCAACGCGUUCGGAAACGCUUUCCUCAACAGGUUCAUGUGCGCGCAGAUGCCUAACGCGGUGCUGGAGAGUAUCAGUAUCAUCGAUACUCCUGGAAUCCUGUCGGGGGAGAAACAGAGGAUCAGCAGAGGCUACGACUUUGCGGCGGUGCUGGAGUGGUUCGCCGAGCGCGUGGACCGCAUCAUCCUGCUGUUCGACGCCCACAAGCUGGACAUCUCGGACGAGUUCUCGGAGGUGAUCCGGGCUCUGAAGAACCACGAGGACAAGAUGCGCGUGGUGCUGAACAAGGCGGACCAGAUCAGCACGCAGCAGCUCAUGAGGGUGUACGGCGCGCUCAUGUGGUCCCUGGGCAAGAUCAUCAACACGCCAGAGGUGGUGCGGGUCUACAUUGGGUCGUUCUGGGCCCAGCCCCUCCUGGUGCCCGACAACAGGAAGCUGUUUGAGGCCGAGGAGCAGGACCUGUUCCUGGACAUCCAGUCGCUGCCGCGCAACGCAGCGCUGCGCAAACUCAACGACCUCAUCAAGCGGGCGCGCCUCGCCAAGGUGCAAGCCUACAUCAUCAGCUCGCUGAAGAAGGAGAUGCCGGCGAUGUUCGGGAAGGACACGAAGAAGAAGGAGCUGAUCGCCAACCUGUCGGAGAUCUACCAUCGCAUCGAGAAGGAGCACCAGAUCUCCCCCGGGGACUUCCCCAACAUCGCCAAGAUGCAGGAGCUGCUGAAUGGCCAGGACUUCACCAAGUCCGUGCUGCGGCCCAAGCUGCUGGAGGCGGUGGAGGACAUGCUGGCCAACGACAUCGCCAAGCUCAUGAUCCUGGUGCGGCAGGAGGAGGCAGACAUGCCCAGCCAGAAGGUGAAGGGCGGGGCCUUUGAGGGCACCAUGAACGGGCCCUUCGGCCACGGCUACGGCGAGGGCGCCAGCGAGGGCAUCGACGAGAUGGAGUGGGUGGUGGGCCGCGACAAGCCCACCUACGACGAGAUCUUCUACACGCUGUCGCCCAUCAACGGCAAGGUGUCGGGCGCCGCCGCCAAGAAGGAGAUGGUGAAGUCCAAGCUCCCCAACACGGUGCUGGGCAAGAUCUGGAAGCUGGCCGACGUGGACAAGGACGGCUUCCUGGACGAUGAGGAGUUCGCCCUGGCCAACCACCUGAUCAAGGUGAAGCUGGAGGGCCACGAGCUGCCGGGGAAGCUCCCCGAGCACCUGGUGCCCCCUCCAAGAGGGGCCUGGUGGACGACGAGGAGGAGGUGGCGUGAGGAGGAGUGAGGGGCCCGCUGGAGCAGGAGUGACGAGGAGUGAGGGGCCCGCUGGAGCAGGAGUGACGAGGAGUGAGAAGGAGUGAGGGGCCCGGUGGAGAAGGAGGAGUGACGAGGAGUGAGAAGGAGUGAGGGGCCCGGAG